UGGCAAUUAUGAGAAAAAAUAUUUUUAAAAAUGGUGGUGAUCGUGUUGAUGGUGGCGAUUAAUUGACUGAUUUAAUUUAUUUUGAUUUGUAUUUUGUACAUAAUUAGUGAUAGACGCUUUUCAAAUUGUCGUGGCUCUGGCCAAUAUCAUGCUUUCAUAUGUCGGGACUAGCUAAAACUACAGUUUUGGUCGAGGAGGGUGGCAAUCAAACUAGAAAACGUUCUUUCACACAUGCCAGCAACGAACAGAUCAAAAAGGAUUUAAACACUAAAAAAAUUAAAACUGAAGAGAUGAGUGCAAAUGAGAAGAAAUCAAACUUUUCGGUACUAAAUCCGAACUCCAACGGUACAUUGAAGAUGAGUUCGACGUCGUCAAUGAGUAAACCUGGAGCAACUACAAAGAAGUUAGUUAUAAAAAAUUUCAAAAGUAAACCAAACCUCCCAGAAAACUACCAAGAGACAACAUGGAGCAAGUUAAAAGAGGCUGUCAUAGCAAUACAGACAUCAAAGGCCAUUGCCUAUUCAUUAGAAGAAUUGUACCAAGCUGUUGAAAACAUGUGUAAACAUAAGAUGGCUUCACAGCUGUAUGUCAACCUGACGAACCUUGUGGAAGCUCACGUCAAGUCCAACAUAGAACAGUUCCUGUCGGAGGGUAUGGACCGGCAGGUGUUCCUCAAGAGAAUAGACGACUGCUGGCGCGCGCACUGCCGCCAGAUGAUCAUGAUUAGAAGCAUAUUCCUGUACCUUGACCGCACAUAUGUGUUACAGAAUCCUAGCAUACAUUCUAUAUGGGACAUGGGGUUAGACCUGUUCCGGCACCACAUAGCGCUGAACACGCUGAUCCAGACGCGCACUGUGGAUGGGCUUCUGCUGCUGAUCGAGCGCGAGCGCGGCGGGGACGCCGUCGACAUCUCGCUGCUGAAGAGCUUGUUGCGCAUGCUGUCCGACCUGCAGAUCUACCAGGAUGCUUUCGAACACAAGUUCCUACUGGCCACUGAGCGGCUGUACGCUGCAGAGGGGCAGCGGCUGAUGCGCGAGCUGGCGGUGCCGCAGUACCUGGCGCACGUGGAGAAGCGGCUGCGCGAGGAGAACGAGCGCCUGCUGCACUACCUGGACCCCUGCACCAAAUGGCAGUUGAUCCACACGAUCGAGCGCCAGCUGCUCAGCGAGCACCUGGCGGGCAUCCUCAGCAAGGGGCUGGAGGCGCUGAUGGACGGCCCGCGCUCGCAGGACCUCACCACGCUCUACAGCCUGUUCAGCCGCGUCAAGGACGGCCUCAACGAGCUGUGCAACCACUUCAAUGCCUACAUCAAGAAAAAAGGUCGCACGAUAGUAAUCGAGCCGGAACGCGACAAGACCAUGGUGGCCGAAUUGCUGGAGUUCAAGGAACAGCUGGACAACGUGGUGACGGCAUGCUUCCAGCGCAACGACCGCUUCCUCUACUCCAUCCGCGAGGCCUUCGAGCACUUCAUCAACCAGCGGCAGAACAAGCCCGCUGAGCUCAUAGCCAAAUUCGUGGACCUGAAGCUGCGCGCGGGCAACAAGGAGGCGACGGAGGAGGAGCUGGAGCGACUGCUGGACAAGAUCAUGGUGCUGUUCCGCUUCAUCCACGGCAAGGAUGUGUUCGAGGCGUUCUACAAGAAGGAUCUGGCUAAACGGUUACUAGUGGGUAAGUCAGCAUCCGUGGACGCGGAGAAGUCGAUGCUGAGCAAACUGAAGCAGGAGUGCGGCGGCGGCUUCACGUGCAAGCUGGAGGGCAUGUUCAAGGACAUGGAACUGUCUAAGGACAUCAACAUUACGUAUAAACAGCACCUAGCGGCAACGCAGGAAAGCGGCGGCCUGGAGCUGUCGGUGUACAUCCUCACGAUGGGCUUCUGGCCCACGUACCCGCCGGUGGAGGUGCGGCUGCCGGCGGAGCUGACGCGCCACCAGGACCACUUCGCCAAGUUCUACUUGGCCAAGCACUCGGGCAGGAAGCUGCAGUGGCAGGCGACGCUGGGGCACUGCGUGCUCAGGGCGCACUUUGCACAGGGUAACAAAGAGUUGCAGGUAUCUCUGUUCCAAGCUCUCGUCUUACUGUUGUUCAAUGAUGGAGACAAUCUCUCAUUUGAAGACAUCAAAACUGCUACAAAUAUAGAGGAGGGCGAGCUGCGGCGCACGCUGCAGUCGCUGGCGUGCGGCAAGGCGCGCGUGGUGACCAAGACGCCGAAGGGGCGCGACGUGCAGGACCGCGACCAGUUCGCCUUCAACGCCGACUUCACCAACAAGCUGUUCCGCAUCAAGAUCAACCAGAUACAGAUGAAGGAGACCAGCGAGGAGCAGAAGGCGACGGAGGAGCGCGUGUUCCAGGACCGGCAGUACCAGAUUGACGCGGCCAUCGUGCGCGUCAUGAAGAUGCGCAAGUCGCUGUGCCACAACCUGCUCAUCUCCGAGCUCUACAACCAGCUCAAGUUCCCCGUCAAGCCCGCUGACCUCAAGAAGCGCAUAGAGUCGCUCAUAGAUAGAGACUACAUGGAGCGAGACAAGGAGAACCCCAACCAGUACAACUACGUCGCGUAAUACAGGUACGCGCACGCCGCGUUAGGGUUCCUUCCCACACAUCACUCGUGUCGGACGCGUCACAUGUGUCAGUCGUGUCAGUCAAGUCCGAUACGUCUAAAGUUACUUUAUAGUAAUAUAAUAUGUA